UGCUCGCACUUCAUAAUGGAGACAUUCAUUUCUGCAGUUCUUGGUGAUCUUGCUGGCAGAGCCAUAUCAUUCGUGGUCGACAAGUGCCGUGAGCAGGGAACCGAGGAAGACGAUCUGCAGAGGCUGCAUCAGCUGCUUCUGAGGUUACGUGUCAUCAUCGAGGAGGCCGAGGGGCGGUGUGUCACCAACCGAGGGAUGAUCUGUCAAGUUAGCAUGAUGAGAAAGCAAAUGUUCAGAGGGCACUACCUACUCGACACCUUCAAGUGCAGAGAGAAGAAGACCGACGAUGAGGAGGUGAGUCGCUCCCUGUUCAUUCAAUCCAAAUUUAACCCCGCAAAGCGCUUUCGCCGCCUUUCUAGCGGCACUCAAAUUGAGAGCAUAGAAAUUGGUAGAGACAUCAGUAAGGAGUUGAAACAGCUUGUUCUUGCCCUGGAAACCGUGGUUGUUGAUAUGAAGGAGUUUGCUAUAUUUAUGAUGAGCUAUCCUCGCAUGUGCCGCGAACCUUAUGGUGCAUAUUUAUUUUUUGACAAGUGUAUGUUCGGUCGCCAAAUGGAGAGGGAACAAGCCAUCAGCUUCUUGCUACAACCUGAGCCUCUAGGGGGUGAGAAUCUGGGUGUUCUUCCGAUCGUUGGUCCUGGACUUAUUGGGAAAAGCACUCUUGUGGAACAUGUUUGCGACGAUGAGCGUGUGCACAAUCACUUCUCCUUGAUCUUGCUCUACAAUGGAAAUGACCUUAAAGAUGAAACUGCAAUGCCUUUUAGAGAUCAUUGCGUGGUCAAGCAUCAAAAUAUGGCCUCGGGUAAAGAAAGGUUGUUGGUUGUCAUUGAACUCUUAGGGGAUGUGGACGAAGAGGCAUGGAAGAGGCUGCUGCAUUCUGCUGAAAGUUGCAUGACAUGUGGGAGCAAAAUCAUAGUGACUAGCCGAUCAGAGAAGAUGGUCAGGUUUGGAACAGCGGAAGCUAUCAAGCUAAGUUGUUUGUCUGAAGAAGCUUACUGGUAUUUCUUCAAGAUGCUUGUGUUUGGAAGCACGGAUCCGGAGGAGCACCCAAGGUUAACAUCCAUAGCCAUGGAGCUAGCCCUCAGGAUGUGCGGAUCUUUCAUCUCUGCAUGUGUUAUUGCCACUUUACUGAGAGAAAAUCUCAGUGCCUGGUUCUGGUGCAGGGUUCUCAGAAGCUUUAGGAAGUACAUGCAGAAGAAUUUAUUGUUGUUCGGUGAAUAUCGUGACGUGGAUAAGUCUCGGUAUAUUAUGACCAUUGCUGAAACACAGCGAGUUUCUAAGGAUCUUAAGCUCUUUCUGCUCUAUCCUAGUUAUCAAAAAGGGCCGGCUGCUCAGGGUGAAGUUCCGAGGAUAACAGUGGUAGAUGUUCUAUUCAGUAGACGGAGCACUGUGCCACAGGGCAAAUUUGAGGUCUUGUGCUGGAGGUCUGUCAUACCACCAUACUACAACUAUAUAUAUGUUUGUGAGUUUGUGCAGCACAAGAACACCACACCGUAAUACUCUUCUUGUAUAUUCGAUCAAUUAUGUUUGGCUUACCAGAUUAACAUGUA